AUAGCAUUACUUAUAGGUUAUGUUAGACAGUUCUGUUUGCGUGGUUUGUAUUGCUGCGGAUGAAUGUGUAUUGUUAAAACAGAAAUAUAUUCAUUUAUAUAUAAGAAGAUUAAUCGUGAAGAAAAGAAUUAAGAUAUUGAUAUUGAUAUUGAUAUUUUGGGUAAAAUGCCAACGAUUGACAAGAGAAAGGGUGAUGAAAUUCUUGCCCUCGUCCCAGCAUCAAAGAGAACAAAAAAUGAAGUGGUGUUUAGUAGCAGAGAAAAAGCUGUCGUCCAAAAUGGUCCACCACGAACAUCCUCUCUAAUCGCACCAAUUAUGCUAUUAGAGGGUCAUCAGGGUGAUAUUUUCUCACUGGAAUUUCAUCCAGAAGGACAAUAUCUAGUCUCUACAGGUUUCGAUCGGCAAAUAUUUAUUUGGAAUGUUUAUGGGGAAUGUGAAAAUGUUGGAGCAAUGUCUGGCCAUAGUGGAGCUGUGAUGGAAAUCCAUUUUAGUUCCGAUGGCAAUCAUCUAUAUUCAGCUAGUACAGAUAUGACACUGGGUUUAUGGGACAUUAUUGCAGGAACAAGAAUUAAAAAACUCAAGGGUCAUACUUCCUUCGUUAAUUCAGUAUCUGGAGCCCGUAGAGGGCCAACACAGCUGUGCUCUGGAAGUGAUGACAGCACCAUCAGAAUUUGGGACCCAAGAAAGCGGGGUCAAUGCUAUACUUUAAAUAAUACCUAUCAAGUAACUACGGCCACAUUCAACGACACAGCUGAACAAGUUAUCAGUGGGGGAAUCGACAAUGACAUCAAAGUAUGGGAUUUACGGAAAAAUUCGGUUCUUUACAAAUUAAAAGGACACUCUGAUACUGUUACUGGCAUUAGCUUGAGCCCAGACGGUUCUUACAUAUUAUCAAAUUCCAUGGACAAUACUUUGAGAAUUUGGGAUGUUCGGCCGUUUGCUCCGUAUGAGAGAUGUGUCAAAAUGUUAUCUGGUCAUCAACACAAUUUCGAAAAGAAUUUGUUGAGAUGUGCUUGGUCACCAGACGGUAGUAAAGUUUCAUCAGGCUCUUCAGAUAGAUUUCACUACAUUUGGGACACGACAAGUAGACGAAUUUUAUAUAAAUUACCUGGGCAUAAUGGAUCUGUCAAUGAUGUCGAUUUCCAUCCGAAAGAGCCCAUUGUUUGUUCUGGGUCAAGUGAUAAACAAAUAUAUUUGGGCGAAAUCGAAACAUAAAUUGUAUCUCAGUAGAAUGAAAAUCAAUUGAAAUGUAUGUAUUUGCUGAAUUAUUUGCCGUCGAUGAUUCAUGGAUGUAAAUGAAUAAAUAUAGAUAUCUGGCACACAGUAAAAUGCUGCUUCAGAAAGAAGGCAAAGAAAGGCAAAGAAGGCAGCAUUCCUAUUUGAAAAAUUUCAAAGGCAGUAAGAAUGGAAAUGGCAAGCAAAAGAACGUGCAGUGAUUUAUAACAAUUUAAAACAAAUGAUGGUGGCGGGUCAACGUGACCUUAUUACGCUUGAAAUGUCGUUUAAACGUCAACUGUCGAGUUCAACAGCAACAGAAACGCGGCCAAAAUAAUAAUUUGAAUUUAACAAACUUUAUUGACUGACAGAAGAUGAAAGAUGAAACGAAGAUGGGAUGAUAUCAUGAUCUUCACUAAAAACAAUGCACCAACUCCAUCACGAUGGGAUCUAAAAUGCGAUUCAUGCUGCUAUACAUGUAUCCCCACAAAGAUCUUUCUCAGAAGAACACAACUAGAAUGCCACUAUCAUGGAGCAGCUGCAACGACACUUAUUAGGCAUACAAAAAACUAACCAUCUGGACCAUUAAGUGGGUCGAGCGUUUGCUAAUCUCCACUUGACUAUUAAAUGAGUAGUAAUUGCAUACAUUUAACAAUAAAUAUCUUGCUAUAUCUUUUUUAUA